UUGUUUUUUUCCCUACAUUUCCUCGGCGGUGAAGCGACAACAGGAAGCGUUUGUUCGCGUGACGGAGGCACGCGGACACGCCCGCAGAAACCAACCUGCGCCUCCCGGAAGAGGAGUUCCAGAACUCACCUGUUUGGCCCUUCUGUCCGCACUGACCGACCGACGCUCUUUGGGACGAAAAGUUCUUCUAAUUCCUCCGAAGCGAAUCUUACUCCCAUUCCAUUUCCCCGUUUGGAGGACUACACCUUUUGGAUCUGUUUGGACUCACCUGUUCGGCUGCGCUCAGGUUACAGUCUCGUCUCUUUGGUAACCAGGCCUGCAGGUUCACCUGAGGAAAUAACGCCUCACUGGGGUUGGGUUUUGGGGGAUCUAAACGGGUUUGGUUCGACCAGGAUCCGUCAUGGACUACAUGGCAAGUGAAUCCAGGUACACUCCACAAAAGGAGAAAGAAUGGGAACCCACCGUGCAGUUCCUGCCGGCAGCUGACAACGCAAAGUUUGAGAAGAGGAAGCGACCCAACAAAAUCGGGGCUGUGAUUGGCGGCGUGGUCCUGAUUCUGGUCAUUUCUCUCAUGGUCGGACUGCUGGUCUGGCAUUUCCGCUUUCGCGAUGAAAAGUUUGUCAAACGGUUGUACAGCGGGUCCAUGCGGCUCACCAAUCAGGUGUUUGAGAACGCCUACGAAAACUCCACCACUCCCGAGUUCAAAGCUCUGGCAGAAAUUGUGAAAACUCAGCUCAAAAACCUCUACUCUGGAAAUCCUCAGCUGAAGAAGUACUAUGUGGGCUCCACCAUUCAGGCUUUCAGUGAAGGCAGUGUUAUUGCCUACUACAUGUCAGAGUUUAAAAUUCCGGAGGCCCAAUCAGGAACUGUUGACACUGCCAUGUCUAACAUAGACCAACAGAAAGGCUCUAGAUCCAUGAGUGUCAUCAACGUUGAAGAUGUGGUGUCCUCAGCGAUUGAUCCUCGAAUGUUCUCCAAGCACUACACAAGUCUCCAUCAGUUCAAGCUGCACGUCACCGGCACCGAGCCUCAAAAGAUCCAGUCCCCUGGCUUCCCCAACUCCCCGUACCCCCCCAGCAGCUUCAUGCAGUGGGAGCUGAGAGGAGAGGCCAAUCACAUCAUGAAGCUGACGUUUGACACGGUGAAUCUGGAGGAGGACUGCAUGAAAGAUUUCAUCAAAGUCUACGACUCGCUGGUGACCAUCGAGAGACGCCUUUUGGAAGAGUUGUGCGGAUACUAUUCGCCCAGCUAUCAGCUGACGUUUCUGUCCUCCCGGAACGUCAUUCUGGUGACGAUGGCUACGGAUGAAACGAAGAACUUCCCAGGAUUUCGAGCGACGGUCUCCCAAAUUCCAAGGGGAAGUAAAGAGUUGAGCUGCGGCGGUAAUCUAUUUGGCUCCAAAGGCAGCUUCUCUUCUCCCAACCACCCAGGCUUUUAUCCCCCCAACACUGAAUGCAAAUGGACCAUUGAGGUCCCUAGUGACAAGGUGGUGAAGGUGACGUUCCUGAAGUUCUACGUUGCCGACAGUGGAGAGAAAGAUGGUGUUAACUGUAAGAAGGACUACGUGAUGGUCGAUGGCAAGAAACUGUGUGGGGAGUAUCGUGACGGAACGUUGUUUAGGAUCGGGAACUCCAACAAAAUGACUGUGGAGUUCAAGUCCGACACUUCCUAUGUGGACAUGGGUUUCAGCGCCGAGUACGAAGCAGUUAAAGACGCAACUCCUUGUCCAAAUCAGUUCAAGUGCAAUAACCAGAUCUGCAUAAAGUCAGAGCUCAGGUGUGACCGCCGGGACGACUGCGGGGACUUCAGCGACGAGGUGAACUGCGUAUGCAACUCGUCCUUCAUUCAGUGCAAAAACGGGUUGUGCUUAUUGCCUCUCUGGAAAUGUGACGGCAAUAAUGACUGUGGAGACAACACGGAUGAGAUAGGCUGUGGAUGUGAUGCUGGGAAGUUUCAGUGCAACAAUAAGAAAUGCGUGUCUGAGAAAAUGCACUGCGAUGGCACAGACGACUGCGGCGACGGCUCAGAUGAGCUCGACUGUCCAGGAAGUCCCAAGGCAAUUUGCACUCAGAGUUCAUACCGAUGCAAAAACAGAAACUGCAUCAACAAAGUUAACCCCGAGUGCGACGGAACGCAGGAUUGCAGCGACGGAUCCGACGAGCAGAACUGCGACUGCGGCACGUACAAGAGUGUACGUACACGCGUUGUGGGCGGCACGGAUGCCGAGAGAGGAGAGUUUCCGUGGCAGGUCAGCUUGCACGUCAAAGGUAGCGGUCACGCGUGUGGAGCAUCCCUCAUUAAUGAGAAAUGGCUGGUCACUGCGGCGCACUGUGUGGAGGAUCCCUAUGCACCCAGUUUGUCACAGCCAUCAACGUGGGAAGCUUAUUUAGGCCUUAAAACCCAAAAAGAGUCGUCAUCGGAGGUUCAACGCAGGUCCCUCAAACAGAUCAUACCACACCCCCAUUACAACCACUUCAAAUACACCAACGACAUCGCCCUGAUGGAGCUGGACAAACCUGUGGCCUAUACCGAGUACAUCAGACCCAUCUGCCUGCCAUCUCCUCAACACAUAUUUGAAGUUGGGAAGCAAGUGUACGUCACAGGAUGGGGGGCCUUACGAGAAGGAGCAAAUCAAGCUGCAACCGUCCUGCAGAAGGCCCAGGUUCGGAUCAUAAACCAGACGGUGUGCAACACGUUGAUGGGAGGGGAUAUCACGAAGCAGAUGCUUUGCGCCGGAGUUCUUCAAGGAGGAGUUGAUGCUUGUCAGGGCGACUCUGGCGGUCCUCUGUCCAGUCCAGAGGGAAAACGUAUGUUCCUGUGUGGAGUGGUCAGUUGGGGGGAGGGCUGCGCCCGCAAAAACAAACCUGGCAUCUACACAAGGGUCACCGAACUCCGCGGCUGGAUCAAAGAGCACACAGGAGUGUAGUCGGCAUCGAAACGGUCAACGGUGAUCAAAAAGGAACUUGGACUGAUGACGGUGUGAGCAAACGCCGCCCGCCUGCCGACGCUGUGGCCUUGGCUGCACGAUGUAGCUGCAGUGGAGAAAGCACUGGUUCCUCCAGCUUUUACACAUUUACUGUGAUUUUUUUUUUUUUUUUUUUUUUUUUUUCCCUCAGAGCUGGGUUGAUGAAAUCUUUUUAAAUGUAAAUAAACAUUUUAUUUUUUUUUGUGUGUGUGUGUUAAUGGAGAUUCUGCAGGAAAUAAAUGUUACACAUGUGAAUGUAUGUGCACUGUGAACUGUUAUCCUCACUCACUUGUCCAUUUUAUGUUUGGAAAUGUUCACAGUGGAAAUCUGUUCUGACUUAAUUAGGUAAAAUAACUGCAAGAUCUGCUCGAAUUAUGUUCCAGGAAAUUGUGAAUCUUGAUUUCAUCAGAAUUUUUUUUUUAAGAAUUUUUAAACUGUUUUCAAUGCAAGAUUAUAAAAAUACUCCUGCCCAGUUUGUGUUUCUGAUAGUUUUUAAAUAAAAGAUUAUAUCUUGAAA